UUGUAGUGGUGACGUGCAUGUCAUAAUAAAGUGUUCAGGCAAAGCAAAGAAGUAAAUAUUAUUUGCUUUAGUUGACCAUUAACAGGUCAAGAUGAAACUGAAGGAGAGUCAGAAGACAGCCAAUAUAGCCUGGUCACCGGCUACAGUCCAUCCAAUAUAUUUAGCAACAGGCACCGCCGCCCAGCAAUUGGAUUCAAGUUUUAGUACAUCCUGUUCAUUAGAGAUUCUUGGCUUAAAUGCCAAAAAUAAUAAUAAAGAAUUCGAAUCGAUCGUAAGUGUCCAGAGUGAGGAUAGGUUUUAUAAAUUAGUUUGGGGUAAUCAUGGCGACAGAAAAGGUGCCAUUGUUGGAGGUUGUGAAGCUGGAAAGAUUAAGGUUUAUGAUGCUGAAAAGUUGAUUAAUGGAGAGGAAGGACUUAUAGCAAAGCAAGAAAAGCAUACAGGGGCUGUUCGAGCUUUAGAUUUGAAUCCUUUUCAAACAAAUUUGCUGUCAUCAGGUGCUAGUGAAUCUGAAAUAUACAUUUGGGAUUUAAAUCAAACAGAUACACCAAUGUCUCCAGGAACAAAAACACAACCGAGUGAAGAUAUUGUUUCUUUAGCCUGGAACAGACAAGUACAACACAUUUUGGCAUCCUCAUUUCCUAGUCGUUGUGUAGUGUGGGAUUUAAGAAAAAAUGAACCGAUUAUUAAAUUAACUGAUAGCCAAUCACAUUUGCGAUGGUCGUGUGUUUGUUGGCAUCCAGAAAUAGCUACACAAUUAGCCUUAUCAUCAGAAGAUGAUCAAAAUCCUGUAGUUCAAAUAUGGGAUCUCAGAUUUGCUACAUCGCCAUUAAAAGUAUUCCAGAAACAUUCUCGAGGUGUGUUAUCAUUGGCAUGGAGUCAACAAGAUCCAAGUAUAUUAUUGUCAUCCGGUAAAGACAAUAAACUCUGUAUUUGGGAUGCUAACAGUGAAGUUCCUGGAGGAGAACUUCUUUCAGAACAAUGUUUAUCUACGCAAUGGAAUUUUGCAGUAAGUUUAAGUCCACGAGAUCCUUCUCUGUUUGCUGUGUCAAGUUUUGAUGGAGCAAUAAGUGCUCACACUCUUAUGGGAGGCUCUUUUGUACAGGAAGUUCAGUCAACAAAAAAUAUUGCUGAUUCCUUUCCUGGCAUGGAUAAUUUCCAACAACAGCAAGCUGCAAAUCAGUUUAAUUCUGUGAAUAAUACUGUUGUUCAACAUUCAAGUGAUCCCUUAAAACCUCCAAAAUGGUUAAAGAAGAAAGCUGGUGCUAAGUUUGGGUUUGGAGGUAAACUUAUUUCAUAUACUUCUGAGCGACCAAAAACUGUAGAUGUGUCUCAAAUGGUAACAGAACCUGAGCUGGUGACUCGAUCUCAAGAUCUUGAAAGAUGUGUACAAAACAAUACUUUCUUAGAAUAUUGUCUUGAAAAGGCAGAUCGAACUCAAGAUCAAAACGAUAGAUAUUUAUGGUACUUCUUAAAGGCCAGAUUUGCACCUGACACCAGGGGUGAACUUUUGGAUUUAUUAGGAUACAAAACUGAUGAUGUUACACAAAAAUUACGUCAACACGUUCAAUUGAGCCAAACAAACCAAGUUGAUAAUCUUACAGAUCAGAUGGCAAAUCUCAGUCAAGGUGUUGAUGGUUCUGCUGCUUUUGAUGCUAUUGCAGCUGCCGGACAGAAAGAGAUUAUAAAGGAUCUUAAUACUCCUCCCUCCAUUCCAGUUAAAAUAAAUACUGGUGAAGAUGUCGAAGGUUUGAUAACAUUAGCUAUUUUAUCUGGCAAUAUUGAAGCAGCUGUCGAACUUUGUCUUGAUUGUGGUAGAAUGGCUGAUGCCAUAAUAAUUUCUAUCACAGGUGGCUCUGAGCUUCUUGCCAGAACCCAACAUCGAUAUCUGGAAUCUCAGGCAAAAACAAAAUCAGCUUUAUCGCAUUUAAUAUCUGGUUUAGUCACUGAAGAUUGGUCUCGCAUAGUGUCUGAAUCGGAUCUGGAUUCCUGGCGUGAGGUACUUGCUGUUAUUUUAAAGAAUUGUAAUGAAGAAGAUGCCUUCAAGGAAUAUUGCGAAACUUUAGCCCAUCGUUUAACAUCAGCUCAACGUUUUCAAGAGGCUGCACUCUGCCACGCAUGUGCUGGUGAUGCUGAUGCCCUUGCCAAACGUGUUACUAGUGGGGGAUCAGGUGAUGCUUGUGAUGUUAAUGCACUUAUGGACGCUGUUGAAUUGGUGACAGUAAUGCGGGCGUCUGCUGCUAUGCGUGGGCAGCAUCUUGAGCUUUCUCCAUCAACAAGUACAUUGUUAACACGGUACGCAAUGGAGUUGUCAACUCAGGGAUCUUUGGAAACAGCUCUAUCACAUCUUGGCCAAAAAUCCACUGUGCCAGCAGAGCAGACAGAAUUGGAUGAAUUGAGAGAUAGACUUUACUGUGCUUUAGGCCUAACUGAUCCUUAUAGAAAAAAUAUGCAAGUACAGCAAACCUCACAAAAUUCUAUGUACCAACAGCAGAUGAGACAACCUAGCUAUUCUCAAGUAAACAGCAAUCAAACACCAAUGUUCAAUACUGGAUUACCUGGUCAAAUUCCAGUUUCCUCAAUGAUGCAACCACCUAAGCCAAUGAUGCCACCUACAAAUCCAAUAAUGGCAUCUUCCAAUCCAUUAAUGUCACUUCCAGCUAUGCCUCAAACAAAUCCUAUGAUUCCAACACAAAGUUCUAUACUUUCUCCAUCGAGCAUGGCUAACCCAUUGUCCCAACCAUCAAUUCUUCAACCGGCUAGCACUCUUAUGCAACCUCCUCCAAGCACCGGCAUGAUGCCACAGCAACAGCAGCAACAACAGUUUGGUCAACCACCAAGUAAUGUUUUCCAACCCCCAUCUAUCGGUUCCACGAUGUUCCAAUCGCCUAAUUUACCACAGGCGCCGCAGCCUGUCCAACCACCGCCGAUGCAGCCUCCACCUAGACCUGUGAGUGUUGGAUCAUCUCAUGGAUCUGUUAGUGGUAGUUCUAGAAGUAAAUACAUCUUAGAUCCUUCUGUACAAUCAGGUGUUACCAAUCCAUAUGGUUCUGUAUAUAACAAUACAUCAUACAAUAGUCCAAUGCCUUCUAACUCAAUGUACAAUUCGCCUGUAAAUGCCAAUACAGUUACGAUGAGCACAAUGUCUGGUCAAUUCCAACAACCAGCAAGUCUUCUGAAUCCUAUUAGUUCUCAACCUCAACCAACAAAUGCCCUACUUAACCCUAUGUUGAAUUCACCACAAGGAGCAGGUUUUGUCAAUCAAUUCCAACCGCAAGCACCACCUCCUACUCAAAUGCCAAGUAGAGCAAACCCUACACCACCACCAGGUUGGAAUGAUCCACCCGUACUUAAUUCUACUAGGAGAUCAUCGGCAAAGCAUAUUCAUGCAGACCAUCAAGCAACAACUGCACCGAUUACACAUCCGCUGUUUGGCCAACAGCCACCUCAGCAGCAGCCGAUGAUGUUGAAUUCACAACAAAAUCAACAAAUGCCAAUGUUGAAUCCUCAGCAACAUCAACAACAGCAACAACAACAGUUCAUGAACCCUCAACAACAACACGCGCAAUUUAACACGGGUUUACCAAAUGCUCCUCCAGCCAUGAUGAAUCAAAACCAACAAUUUAAUCAGAAUUAUAAUAAUGGAUAUGUUGAUAACUUAAAUAACCAAAUGCAACAGAAAGUUGCUACACCACCGGCUCCAGAGCCUGUUGAAAAGUUCCCCAUUCCAGAAGAGCAUAUUUAUCUUCAAGUUGUGCUAGAUGAACUUAGAAACAAAUGUGCUCAGCACGCUAAUAAUCCGCAAUUGAAACGAAAAUUGGAAGAUGUAUCUAAGAAGUUAGAGGCCUUAUACGAUAUGCUUAGAGAAAAUAGAUUAUCUGAUCAUACGCUUCAAGUUUUGCAUCAAAUGGUGCAAAUGAUUCAAAUAGGAGACUAUGCAGGUGGUUUAGGUUUGCAUACAGCCUUGGUUUCUGGUCCAGACUUUGCUCAAAUAGCAAAUUUCAUGCCGGGACUUAAAGUUUUAUUAUUAUCUGCAUCUCAAUUACAAGUUGUUCUUCGAUAACACGGAAAUUAACUUAACAAUUAAAACUAACAAGAUUAAUUCCUGACACCUGUUGCAUCGCUUUAGACAAGCGUCUAAUUUGAAAGUAAAAAUACAUUUGAGGUGAUUACAAACAGUCAUACUUUUGAAGUAUUAUUUUAUACAGCUUGAAAUUUAUUGAGUUAAAUAUGUUUAUGAUAUAUUAAAUGAUGUUUGGUUUGAUAUUAAUCUCGCCAAAUUUUAAAAUGGCGAGAAACACUCAUUAUAGAAAUUGUGCAAUUUAUUACAGUGCCUAUAGGAUUUCUUUUCAAAGUUUUCAUAGACUUGCGUUCCAUUAUGAUGAUUAUUUGCAAUUUUUUCAUCAUAUAAUAUUUCAAGAACGUGAAAACUGAUUUUUUCUUUGGGUAUGCAUAUAAUCAUUCACAUCAUUUUAAUUCUUAAUUUAGCAUUCAUGAAUUUUGAUAAAUCCAAAGCCGUACUUUACAUAAUUUAACUCCGAAUAGCAAUGAGUAGUUCUUAUCAACAUUUAUUACUACAUGAUGUGAAAAAUAAAUGCGAGGUUAUAUCACAAUUGACUUCUCGAACAUAUUAAUUUCACAUUUUCAAAUAACAUAUUUAUGUCGUCAUCUGCCAAUGAGUAUGAAUAAGUCUAGGCAAUUUUGAAAGCAUUAGCGAAAGGAGCCAAAAAUUAAUUCAUGUUUAAAAAUUUAUUUUUAGAAUUAGUCAAAUACAAAAUUACGUUGCAAUAAGAUUCUAUUCUGUAUUGUUAAACAAAUUAUAUUUUAAU